GACCAGACGAUCGCCGACCGUCGAAGGCGACAGUUGUGGUUGUGUUUAUUGGUUGUUCGUGUCUCGAUCUCGUCUCGUCUCGACUCGUCUCGUGUCAGCUGAUGGCACAUGUUGCUGCCUUUUGCUGUUGACCGCGUUCGAUCAUUUUGUCAUCGCAUUUUUAUAUAAGCAAAGAGCCCAAAAAAAAACAAGAAAAUAAAAACUUUAUUCGCGUUUAUUUUCGGCAAGUCUUGUGCCCAGAAAACUGUGUGUGGAUAGUGGCCAAUUUGUGUGAGAAGAAUUCAAAAUUGUGAGUGCAUAUUACGGAAGAACGUUCUUCUUCAGUGUCUUCUGCACGACAAUAUGAAUUCCAAAUAUGAGAACAUGAAGAUCAUCUACAAUCGCAGCAAAAUCGGCUGGUAUUGGGCACCUCUCUUUGUCGCCUUCUGGUUUCUGCUGUACUAUUUGGUUGUGAUGCCCAGUUUCCAUAGCAUGCCCCCGCUUAAGACUCUCGAUGAUGAACUGAGCCAACCGGGACAAUUUAUUGGUGAACGUGCCGAGAGCACAUUGCUCAAACUGACAAAGAUUGGACCCAAAGUUGUGGGCAGUGCGGCAAAUGAGCAAGUUGCUGUUCAGUUUCUUCUCAGCGAGAUCAGCGAUAUCAUUGAUGACUCUCGCGAUGAUCUGUAUGAUAUUGAGAAGGAUGUGCAGAUUGCCUCUGGCAAUUAUCUGCUCUGGUCUAUGGUGAAUGUGUAUCAGAGUGUGCAGAAUGUUGUGGUCAAAGUCUCACCCAAAAAUGCCACCAGCUCGGCAGCUCUGUUGAUCAAUAGCCACUUUGACUCCGUGCCUGGCAGCUCAGGAGCUGGAGACUCGGGCAUGAUGUGUGUCAUCAUGUUGGAAGUGCUGCGUGUGAUAACCAAGCAUGAAACCCCACUCACCUAUUCGCUCAUCUUUCUCUUCAAUGGCGCCGAGGAGAAUCCAUUGCAGGGUUCCCAUGCGUUUAUUACCCAACAUCCUUGGGCACCCAAUGUUCGUGCUGUAGUUAAUCUGGAUUCAGCUGGAAGUGGUGGGCGAGAGAUUCUCUUUCAGUCUGGACCCGAUCACCCCUGGCUAAUGAAGUACUAUGGAAAUCACGCAGCUCAUCCUUUUGCCUCAACUAUUGGCGAGGAACUGUUUCAGAAUGGUUUCAUUCCUUCAGAAACCGAUUAUCGCAUUUUCCGUGACUUUGGCAAAAUUCCCGGUCUCGAUAUGGCGCAUGUUUCCAACGGUUAUGUAUACCAUACAAAAUUCGAUCGUUUUAAUAUUAUACCAAGACGUACUUAUCAAUUAACUGGUGACAAUCUGUUGGCCAUAGUCAAGGCAUUGGGCAAUGCGCCUGAAUUGGAAGAUCCUGCAAAAUACGCCGAAGGUCACAUGAUCUUCUUCGAUGUGCUGGGCUGGUUUUUCAUCUAUUAUCCAGAAGAUGUCGGUUUCAUUAUCAACAUUUGUAUUUGCGCUCUAGUUCCCAUUACAAUUGUAGCCUACAUUUGGAGCAUGGCCAGCAAUACGGGCAUGUUUAGACGUCGCAUCUUUGCCAAGUUUGGCAUCUUGGCUGCGAUUCAAUUGUGCGGCGUUGUUCUCAGUAUGGGCUUGGCCAUUGCCAUAGCAUUUUUCCUGGACGCUGUUGGUUUGUCAAUGUCCUGGUUCUCACAAACGUGGAUGAUCUUUGGCUUGUACUUCUGCCCCAUGUUCUUUGGCCUCGGAAUUUUGCCGGCCAUUUACUUUAGUCGCACAAAGGAGCAUGGCCUACCUUUGGGAUAUGGCAUUCAAUUGUUGAUGCAUUCGCAUUGCCUGAUCCUGACUUUGCUCAUGGUAGUUAUGCUCUGCUACAAUGUUCGCUCCGCCUUCAUUUUGCUCAUCUGUAUUUGCUUUUACACGAUCUCCGUGCUCAUCAACAUGGCCACAUGUGCCCAUAAAACAAACUUCUUGUGGCUGAUUCCCCAUUGCAUUUGCCAAAUCCUGCCCUUCAUGUUCUACGCCUAUUGUUGCUAUGCUUUCUACAUUGUCUUCACUCCAAUGCAAGGACGCGAGAGUAGUUCAAAUCCCGAAUUAUUGAUUGGAGGCUACACAGCGGUGUUUUGUCUCUUGUUGUCGCCAUUCUUAGUGCCCUUACUUUGCCUGUUCCGCAAAUCAAAGACCAUCAUCUCACUGUUUGGUGUCUGCACAGUGAUCUUCAUCAUCUUGGCUGCCACGCCAGUCGGUUUCCCUUAUGUGGAAAAGACAGCAGUGCAGCGAUUCUUCUCUGUGCACACUGCACGUACUUUCCACAAUGGAGACGCUGCCGCCUCAGUGAAUCACACGGAUUCUGGUUAUUACGUGAUGCCUGUGGAUCGUCAUCCCAAAUCACUGGACAACAUUCUUUUCGAGAAUACCGAAUACAGCCGAGCGAAUCGAAGUGAAUGCGAUACGGAAAUCAUGUGCGGAUUCCCCCUUUACAGCACACGCUGGGUGAAGGCAAUGCCAAAUGGCUUCUGGAUACCUGGUCCUGAGCCCAACAAAUACUAUAUGCCCGAGUUGACAAUCAUUAGCAAGGAGAGCACUUCGGAUACCAAUAUAAUAUUCACUUUAGAGAUCACUGGACCGGAUCACACAAGCAUAUUCAUUCAGCCAUUGGAUGACGCCAAGCUGGUUGACUGGACAUUCACAAGGGAGCCAUUAGAUAUGGGUUUGCCGCCGCCUCACUACAUCUAUUGGUCAUAUGCAUUAGAUCCCACGCCAUUGCGCUUCAAUCUGGAAUUUGAGCGUGAGAGUCCCGAUUGGUCGGGAUCUACAUUCAGAAUGGCCGUAAUGGGUCACAGAAUACACGAUGACAUGUAUAUAGAGGAGGAUUACCGAGAGUUCCUGGCCAAGUUUCCAUCUUGGGCACAUGUGAACGGCUGGAUUGGUUCCUACACCAGUUGGCAGCUCUAAGAGCUUCCGCAAAUGUUUGACAUUUGAUAUUACCACUCACUUCCCAGUAUCCACUAUUCACUCAGUACUCAUAUUUUGAGUAGGUUUGCCAUGAUAUCUGGACUGAACUGUUGUUAAAUGUUUCAUUCUCAGUGCAGAGAUUUUUUAUCGAUCGAACAAAGUGUUUUAUCUAACACAAAAAGCACAUGUCAUUUUAUUGUAUUAAUGAUCUAGAAUUAUAAAUUACAACUAUUGCGAAAAUCCAAAACAAAAU